AUGCACGCGACUACACUUAUCUCAACUGCUCUUGUUGCAGCCACUGCUCUGGCACAGACAUCAUCAGACAUUUGGCCACAAACAACAACCAAUCUAGGGGUAUCAUUCGGAAAUAUGAUUGUUACUCCUGGUGUCUGGAUCAAUCCCAAUGACACAGUGUAUCCGUCUGUGUUCCCCGGCCACUCUACGAGCACCUACCCGGGAACUUACAUGCUCAUGAUGGUAGAUUACGACGUCGCCGAUUCAGCCUUCGCCGCGCUAGACCAAUACUCGAGCCUUGUACGCGGUCGGUUAGUCAACACGACGACUCGAUUGCACUGGUGGGGUGGAAACUAUACACUACAAGAUGGGAAAUUUGUCAAUUCCAGCAAUGCCCUGGCAUCGUACCACCCUGCCCAACCUUCGACAAGUCGAGUCCAUGACUUUACGAUCUUUCUGUUUGAUCAGUCAGACGACUAUACUCCGCCCCAGGAUGUUCUAGACGGACUGCUUGAGGAACAUGACCCAAGGCAUAAUUUCACGUUGGCGCCUAUUGUAGAGGCUGUUGGUGGCCCAUUGGCUGCAACGUAUUUUUGGAGUUCAACGCCUGGGGUGCCGGAUAGUUCUUCAGCGACGUACUCGUAUGCUUGGACUGUCUGAUCGUCUCCAGUCGUUUGCUACAUAGUAUAAGGGUAUAAUUAGUUGAUGCGAAAUGUUUCUGCUGUAAACACAGCGACUGGCCGGGAAGGGGAAAGUCUAGGCCAGAGCAUUUGGAUGGGUCAACCCUUUUAUGCGUCGUACAACCAUGGACUGGUCUGUCAUAAGGUUACUAUGACUGAUGUUAGACAAUC